GUGCUGUGAAAACUGUUACUGACCAUAGGAAAAUGGACAUGUUGCAGAUACUACGUAAAACCACAGAGCACUUAGAGUGCGAUCACUGCAGCUUCAGAGGAACGGACUAUGAAAACAUACAAAUUCAUAUGGGUACCAUACACCCAGAGUAUUGUGAUGAAAUGGAUGCUGCUGGUUUGGGUAAACUUAUAUUUUAUCAAAAAAGUGCAAAACUGUUUCACUGCCACAAAUGUUUCUUUACCAGCAAGAUGUAUUGCAAUGUAUACUAUCACAUCACAGCACAACAUGCAGCACCUGAGAAGUGGAACGAGGAGCGGAAAGAACAGGUAGAAAGAGAUUCAGAUUCCUCCAAAAAAAGUGUUGCAUUAGAGCCACAGAAACCUACCCUUUCCCCCGAGUCGCGCAAACCUGCCCUUUCUCCUGAACUCCCCAAAUCUGAACCUGUUGUUUCCCCCAAUCUUCAGAAAUCUGCGGUGUCUCCAGAGCCCCAGAAGUCGGCCCCGGCGACUUCUUCAGAGCCAGAGAAGUCAGCCCAGGCCACGUCCCCAGAUCCAGAAAAGUCAUCCCAGGCCACAUCUCCAGAUCCAGAGGAGGUAGCCUCAGCUGUAUCCCCAGGCUCAGAGACUCCGUCUCCUGCUGUGUCCCCCGACCCACAGAAGCCGUCCCCUGCUGUGUCCCCCGACCCGCAGAAGCCAGCUGCAGCUGCGUCUCCAGAGCCCCGCGGAGACCCCCGUCGCCAUUCCCCCGCUGUAUCACCAGAGCCCCGUCGCCAUUCCCCCGCUGUAUCACCAGAGCCCCGUCGCCAUUCCCCCGCUGUGUCUCCAGAGCCCCGCAGAUACACCCCAGCCGUGUCACCAGAGCCAAAGAAACCUCCUCCGGCAGUAUCGCCUGAACCGCGAAGGUAUGCCCCGGCUGGGUCUCCUGAGCCCCGGAGGCAUCCUUCUCAGAUGCGUAGGCCUGCUUCUGCUUCUUCUCCUGAAACCCGGAGGCCUGCUCCUGCCGUUUCGCCGGAGUCGUGGAGACCUGGUCCGACUGUUUCCCCUGAGCCCUGGAGAUCUACACCUCACGAGGUGCAGAAGUCUUCCGCAGUUUCUCCCUGGGGUCCAAAGUCUGCCAUGUCGGUGUCCGCAGAAUCCCGGAGGUCUGCCCCUGAGUCCCGAAGGCCUGGCUCCGUCGUGUCGCCAGAGCCCAGGAGGCUCGUUUCUGACUCGUGGAAAUCUACAUCCUUUUCUGAAUCCCAGAAGUCUACUCUUGUUUCUUCUGAGCCAUGGAAACCCAUCUCAUCUGUUUACCCUGAAGGCUGGAAACCUGUUCUGUCCCCUGACACGUGGAAGCAUUCUCCCCCUGUUUCUCCUGAGCUUCGGAAGUCUAGUCACACCGUUUCCUCUGACUCGUGGAAGCCUUCUUUCUUUCCUGAGGUCCGUAAGCCUGGUGCUUCGGUAUCUCCUGAAUCUUGGAAACUCUCUGAGUCCCGGAAAUCUAUGUUUUUUUCUGAAACUCAGAAAUCCACCGCUGCUGCUUCUUCUGAGGUUCAGAAACGGGCUCAUUUCUCUGAACCUCGGAAAAGAGCUCUGUUUCCGGAGUCUCGUAAAUCUAAUCCUACUGUUUCUGCUGAUGUCCAGAAACGUGGUGUCUUUCCUGAGCCCCAGAAUCAGGUGUCUACUUCUGCUGUUUCUACUGAAAGCCAAAAACAUGCCCUGUCUUCUGAAGCCCAGAAAUUAGCUCAUGUUUCUUGUGAAGUCCAGAAGCAUGCCCUAUUUUCUGAAGCCCAGAAACUCGCUCCAAUUUGCUCUGAAGUUCAGGAGCCUACUUCCUUUCCAGAGUCUCAGAAAUCUGCUUCUCCUGAAAUUCAGAAACCUGGCCUCUUUACUGAGUCCCAGAAACCUACUCCUCCUGUUUCUCCUGAGACCCCCAAGCCAGCUCUUUUUACUGACUCCCAGAGAUCUGCUGUUUCCUCUGAUGUCCAAAAGCAUGCUGUAUUUUCUGAGAUGCAGAAACCUGCUGCUGCUUUAUCCUCUGAUGUCCAGAGACACGCUGAAACUACUGUAUCUUCUGAAAUCCAGAAGAACAUCCUGUUUUCCGAGCCUCACAAGUCUGCUCCAGGCUUUUCUUCAGAGCCCCAGACACCUAGUGAGUCUGGUGAGAGUGACUUUCUUUCUCACAGUUUAGAUGAUCAGAAACCACUGGAUGAUUUAUUCUCACAGGAUGAACCGUCAAUAUUAGCCAAAGAAUCACCGGAAGACAUGUUAUAUUCUUGCCCAAAAAAGAAGCCCAGGAAGGAGAACCAGGAGAACUCAGAUUCUGAACUAAAUAGCAGCGAGUGUGGAAAAACAGAGAUGGACUCGAUGGAGAUAAAGGAGCAAGAAUCCAACAGUGACCAAGAGCAAUAUGAUAUGGAGUCAUCUGAUUACGGCAAAGAGAGCAAAAUAGAUGCAGCUACCCCCAUGCAGCCGCAGUGUGUGCUGCAGUUUACCGAAGAGAAAGAGGCUUUCAUCUCUGAGGAAGAAAUAGCAAAAUAUAUGAAGCGUGGCAAGGGAAAGUAUUAUUGCAAAAUUUGUUGCUGUCGCGCAAUGAAAAAGGGUGCCGUCUUGCACCAUUUAGUUAACAAGCAUAAUGUUCAAAGUCCAUACAAAUGUAAAAUAUGUGGCAAAGCUUUUCUCUUGGAGUCUCUUCUCAAAAACCAUGUUGCUGCUCAUGGUCAAAGUUUGUUGAAGUGUCCACGUUGUAAUUUUGAAUCAAAUUUUCCCCGAGGCUUUAAGAAACACUUAACCCAUUGCCAAAGCCGUCAUAGUGAUGAUAUACCUAAAAAACACUUGGACAGCCUUGAACCACUUGAAGAACAAAUUUAAUCUGUUUUUUUCCUUGAGCUAGAAAAGCGAAAUUUGCGGAAGUGUUCAAAAGUGUUACAGUAUGUUACCUGAGUAGUUUAGCUGAUCUGACAAGUCAGAAGAUGCAUGGUUUAUUGUACUAUGUUUAACUUGUCUUAUAGCUGUAUUACUAAAUGAUUUACCUCUGAAAGUAA